CGGACGCAGCAUGCAGGCGCGCUACUCCGUGUCCGACCCCAACGCCCUGGGGGUGGUGCCCUACCUGAGCGAGCAGAGCUACUACCGCGCGGCGGGCGGCUACGGCGGCAUGGCCGGCCCCGUGGGCGUCUACCCCGGCCACCCCGAGCAGUACGGCGCGGGCGCCGGCCGCCCCUACGCGCCCUACCCCCACCACCCCGCGCCCGCGGCGCCCAAGGACCUGGUGAAGCCGCCCUACAGCUACAUCGCGCUCAUCACCAUGGCCAUCCAGAGCGCGCCCGAGAAGAGGAUCACGCUCAACGGCAUCUACCAGUUCAUCAUGGACCGCUUCCCCUUCUACCGCGAGAACAAGCAGGGCUGGCAGAACAGCAUCCGCCACAACCUCUCGCUCAACGAGUGCUUCGUCAAGGUGCCCCGCGACGACAAGAAGCCCGGCAAGGGCAGCUACUGGACGCUGGACCCGGACUCCUACAACAUGUUCGAGAACGGCAGCUUCCUGCGGCGCCGCCGGCGCUUCAAGAAGAAGGACGUGCCCAAGGAGAAGGAGGAGCGGGCCCACCUGCAGGAGCCGCCCCCGGCGGCGGCCAAGGGCGCCCCGGCCGCGCCCCCCCUAGCGGACGCCCCCAAGGAGGCCGAGAAGAAGGUGGUGAUCAAGAGCGAGGCGGCGUCGCCCGCGCUGCCGGUCAUCACCAAGGUGGAGACGCUGAGCCCCGAGGGCGCGCUGCAGGGCAGCCCGCGCAGCGCCGCCUCCACGCCCGCGGGCUCCCCCGACGGCUCGCUGCCCGAGCACCACGCGGGCGCGCCCAACGGGCUGCCCGGCUUCAGCGUGGAGAACAUCAUGACGCUGCGCACGUCGCCGCCGGGCGGCGAGCUGAGCCCCGCGUCGGCGCGCGCGGGCCUGGUGGUGCCGCCGCUGGCGCUGCCCUACGCGGCCGCGCCGCCCGCCGCCUACGGCCAGCCGUGCGCGCAGGGCCUGGAGGCCGCGGGCGCCGCCGGCUACCAGUGCAGCGUGCGCGCCAUGAGCCUCUACACCGGCGCCGAGCGGCCCGCGCACAUGUGCGUCGCGCCCGCGCUCGACGAGGCGCUCUCGGACCCCCCGGGCGGCCCCGCGUCGCCCCUGAGCGCGCUCAACCUCGCCGCGGGCCAGGAGGGCGCGCUCGCCGCCGCGGGCCACCACCACCCGCACCACGGCCACCACCACCCGCAGGCGCCGCCGCCGCCGCCGCCCCAGCCCCAGCCCCCGCCGGCGCCCCAGCCCGGGGCUCCCGCCGCGGCCCAGGCGGCCUCCUGGUAUCUCAAUCACGGCGGGGACCUCAACCCCCUCCCGGGCCACACGUUCGCGGCCCAGCAGCAGACUUUCCCCAACGUCCGGGAGAUGUUCAGCUCCCACCGGCUGGGGAUGGAGAGCUCGGCCCUGGGGGAGCCGCAGGUGGGCACCCACGCGAGCUGCCAGCUGCCCUAUCGGUCCCCGGCGGCCCUCUACCGCCACGCCGCGCCCUACUCCUACGACUGCACCAAGUACUGACCCGCGCGGCCCGCGCGCGACCCCUCGGCUCGGGCUGCACCGACGCAGGAAGAGCCCACGUGCGCCCACCGGCCUUGUCCUCAGACCCAGGAGCAGAGAGCGCGCGCCAGCCUCAGCCCCCUGGGAAGCUGCAGGUAAUUUUAAUUCGCUGCCCCGUGUCCCACAUCCUGAAAGAAGCCCCCGGUAAAAGGGACGCGGCCCAGCGAGAUGAGUACUGAGUUUUGAGCCCCCCUCCCAGCCCUCCAGGAUGGUCGCCCUCACCGCUCCAGCAGGGGUUUCCAAAAAUUAAGUUACGGACCAAAUCCCGGAGCGACCCCCUAGUGACUCUCUGUAGAGAUCUCCAUAGGCCUAUGGAAGUCUCUAUAGAUUAGUAUGUGCUGUGUGUAAUUUUAAGUUUCUCUAACCGCGCUGUACAAACGUGUGGAUUUGUAAUCAGGCUAUUGUGUUGUUGCUGUUCAGAGCCAUUAAUAUAAUAUUUAAAGUUGAGUUCACUGGAUAAGUUUUCAUCUUGCCUAACCAUUUCUAACUGCCAAAGUGAAAAUUUAAGACGCCUACAGUGGGGUUUUUACAUCCCCUCCCCCCCCCCAGUACACUUAACAGACAUAAAUUUUUUCCCGGCGGUAGGUCUUUUACAAAACAAGGAAAUAAUUUAUUUUGUUGUCGUUGUCGUUGGCGGCUAAAGGAGUCAAGUAUCUGAUACUUUUUACUUACAAAGUGUGAUGGUUUUGUAUAGUAGAUUCCUCCCUGAGCAUUCCCAAAAGAAAAAAAAAAACCUUUAAAAAUUUAACUUCACCUGUGUUUGUCUUACGUGGUCUUCAUUGUUGUACUUACCUUAAAAUAAA